CCCUUGGUGAAACAAGUUGAAUUGUCAAUGAUUCAUUCGCUUUUCCUUGCACAGCUCAGCUGAAAUUUACCAACGAAGAAGAUCAUAAACGAGAUAAGUGAAGUUUUCUCUAUCCUGGAGUGAGAUUUCAGAGCGUGCAUAACUAUCGAGUUUAUUUACGAAGCAGCGGUUUUUUUCUUGGCCAACAAGAAUUCAUACAAUUCAAAUUAUCUGUGUCCAUCUACUAAGACUCACCAAAAGACAAGAAUUGUCGCACUAAUCAUGCUCAGCCGUUGGGUAUAAUUCUCCUACAACGUGUAUUUUUUUUUAAUAUUCUUUUCAAGGCUUUCUCUCUUUUUCUCUUUCUUAACUAUCUUCGAAUUUCUGUGUUGUUUAAGUAAAAAUGAUCGAUGAGACACGGAAUCGGCUGUCUCUCGAAGCUUAUGAAACGAAUGUCAAACCCGACACUGAUAAAAACCAAGGCGUUGUCAGUCUGACGGAGAAGGCGAUUGACUUGGAGAAAAACAAUGAUCAGGAAGUAACUCCGUCUUCAUUAGAAGAGGAGUUUACUCAUGAUGAGAUGAAGAAUUUGCAGCGCAUUCGUUUGUUGAUUGAUCUUCGAGUAAUUCCGUGCCUUUGGAUUCUUUACUUCUUGUCAUGUUGCAUUCGUUUCAGUGUAUCACUUGCAUUCACUAUGAACACAACUGCUGGCCACAGUCUACUUCAAACUCUCCCGGGCAUCAACGCUCAUUAUACUUCGCUUGGACUGGCGUUGUUUUACGUUGCAUACGUAGUUUUCGAAGUCCCUUCAAAUCUGGUAAUGACUCUCAUUGACCCUCGUAUAUGGAUGGCCCGAAUUCAGGUGUCUAUCGGUGUGAUUGGUGCCUGCCAUGCUAUAUUGGGCUCCAAACAUUCCAGUGCUCAGGGUUUCGUUUGCUUACGAUUCUUCCUGGGUGUUGCCGAGUCAGGUCUGUGGCCCGGUUUGGCUUAUUACAUGUCGCGCUGGUAUCGCGGUGAACAUUUGGGAAAACGUAUCGGCUGGUACUAUACGGCUGCUCAGAUUGCAGCAGCAGCAGUCAGUUUGAUUUCUGCUGGUUUCCAGCGGAUUGAUAUGAAUGGAGGACUGUACGGUUACCAAUGGAUGUUCCUUGUAUGGGGUGUUAUCACGAUUGCUCAAGGCAUUUUAGUAGCCUGGUGGUUACCGGCGGUGAAGUCUCGUUUUAGCGAAAAGAAGCUGUUUUCACGCUUUGUGCCAGACUUUCUAAAGCGUUUCUCGCCAAGCCGCACACCGUUUUUGAAAGAUGCAGACAAACAACUACACACUCGCUACAUCUCAGGGAUGCUUUAUGGCCGUAAAUGGUCAUGGCGCGAUUUAAUUGCGUCGCUGUUGGAUUUGCGCCUGUGGCCGUUUAUCGUUAUGUACUUUGGAGUUGUCGGCGUUGGCAACGGUAUUUUUGGUUACUGCACGCUCAUUGUCCGUCAGAUUAAUCCAAAGUUUUCGAGCAUUAGCGUGUCUCUUUUAACGGCGCCCAUCUGGCUGUGCGAUGCGUUGAGCAUUGUGCUUGUGAUGCCCUUGUACGAUCGUUUCCGCAACAAGAUGUCUUUCUUUUGCAGCAGUUGCGUGGUUAUCAUUGUUGGACUCGUUGUUGCAACCUAUGCUCAUGGAGUUUGGGCUCGUUACGUGGGUCUCCUGCUCAUUGGAUUUGGACUCGGACCCACAGUUCCCAUCUGUACCUCGUGGGCUUCAGAGGUUAUGUCUGAAACGUACGGCGAUGUUGGUGUUGCUUCUGCUCUUGCGCUCGUCAGCGGUCUGGGAAACCUGGGCAGUGUUCUUACGACAUAUGCUCUUUACAGCGGCUGGUCUUCCGACCCAACAUAUCGCAAGAGUAAUGAUGUCUGCAUCGGUCUCAUUGGUAUUUCCAUUGUUUCGUGUGUCAUUGAACGGCUCCUCCUAAGCUUUGGACCCAACAGAUACCGCAGUACCAAUCACAAAUCCAUUAAACCAAAAGAAGGAAUGUCUAUGAAUGAAUGAGUCAAAACAUGAGUAUGGUUCACAGCGCAUUUCAAGUACAGCCUCCGUGUUCAUUUUUCAGCUUACCCACCCGCAACCUUCCGAUUUUCACUCGCCCGCUCUUCUACUUUUAUUUUAUUUUAUUUUAUUUUCGUGUAUAAUGGGUCGCUCAAUAUAUUCCUAUCAUUAUUGUUGUAGUUGUCAUUAUAAGCGUGAACUAGUUAUCAAAAACUUCUCGAGAUGUGUAAUAACGAACACUGCGUUUAAUAAUUCUUAGGAAUUGUCUCGACUCGUGUACCAUUUACCAUUUACCUUUUUG